UGACUGUACUAUAAAAAAUCUAUUUUGGUAACUUUAAAAUUUAUGUUGGCAACAGUCUAAAUUCAAUGACAUUCACAUGCGUUCGGAAACACUUCGGGCAAUCUCGUUUGGCGGUUUUUUCUCUUGCGCAAACUCCGCACGAAACAAACCGGUUAAACUCAAUUCACCAACACCGGCACCCAUUUUGUUGGUGUACGUUAGUCCGUUUAAUCCCUAGAAGCAAGUGUUUGUCAACAUCUCACGAAUUUUAAACCCUAUUAAACCGAUUCAAAUCGCUUUAAUUGUGCUAGUCAAUUCGAAGUUAGUGAACCGAACAAAAUGAGUACGGAACUCGCCAAUCCCGUCUUGAAUGUAGACAAAUGCAGUGUUUUACUACUCGACAUCGCCGGCACUACGACUUCCAAUGUUUUUUUAAAGGAAUCGCUCUUCUCCUACGUCGACAAACAAGUCGAAACGUUUUUGAAAGAAAAAUGGGACGAUGAGGCGGUCAAAGAAGCCGUUAAAUCCCUAAAGGACGACACCUUAGACCAGGAAGCAGCCGUUGCCUUGGUCAAGGAAUUAACAGAGAAAAACAGCGACAACAAAGGAUUGAAGACCCUACAGGGUUUGAUCUACAAAAAGGGAUACGAAAGCGGAGAACUCAAAGCCGACGUGUUUCCUGACGUACCUGCAACCCUCGAAUCCUGGUCGAAAUCUCGCAAAGUAGCCAUCUAUUCUACCGGCAGCACGGAAUCUCAGAAAUUGCUGUUCUCUCACACGACCGAGGGCGAUCUCUCCGGGCACAUUGCCCAAUAUUUCGAUCAGAACGUCGGCCCUAAAACGGAGUCGGGCAGCUAUGAAAAGAUCUCUAAGGAACUGGAUGUCAAGGCACAGGACAUCGUUUUCGUCACCGACAGCGUCGAAGAAGCUAAAGCUGCCAAAACGGCCGGUUUGAUUGCGUCGCUCAUAGUGAGAGAAGGGAACAAAGCUUUACCGGAAGAGGUUUCCAAGGAAUUUCCGGUGGUUUCCAGCCUAAAGGACGUCGCGUUGGAGAAAUCAGUUAAGCGUAAAAACGAGGAGGAUGUUCCGUCAAAGGACGACCGACCAACAAAAGUAGCUAAAACAGAAAACGGCACUAACGGUUCCAAUUGCGAGGAAGGGAAACCUGAUGAUGUACCUAAAGAACAAGCAGUAGUUAACGAAACUAUGGAAGUCGACGCCAGUGUAGAAAAACCAGACACAGUUGCAGAAAAACCACAGGAAAGCACCCCCAACACUGCCGAGAUUCAAAAGUCUGAGGAGAAACCUACAGAGACAAAGACUGAAGUAACCGAAGCGAAAAUUGCACCAAGUAAAAAUGAAGAGACUGAAGAAAAAGGCGAAAAAGACGAUUCGAAAGAGGCUACUAGUAAAGACGUAAGUGUGGUCGAAGAGGAAAAAAUGGACACGACGACCUGUGAUAAAGUGGAAUCGAAAGAAAGUGUAGACGAAGCGAACAAGGAACCAACGGAAACGAAACCAAGCACACAAGAAACCGACGUAGCAACAGAAAAGAGUAAUACAGCGAACGAAGAUAGCAAAAAUGACGCCGAGCCGAAGAAACUCGACGAGGAAACCAAGGAACCCGAAAAGGAAGAGAACGAGAAGAAAGAGACUGAAGCGAAAACCGACCAAGAGGAAACCCAGGUAGACGGGGAGCCGACGAAGAAAGCCGAAAACGGCGAAGAAAACGAGGAAUCCAAAACCGAAGAGAAAGUGGAGAUUUUCGAGAAAGAAAACAACAGCGUGCUCGCUAACGGGGGAGAAGGAGACGUGGCCAACGGCGACAAACAAACUGAAGAAAAACAAAAUGGAGAAUCGAGCGAAGCAACCGAAAGUACUGUAGAUGAAAUUAAGGCGAAAAAAAUCGACGAGGCCCCGUCGACCGAGAGCGCUCCUUCUGUGAGUGUUGAAGUAUAAGUUGUCUCCGAUUUAUCACGUAAACAUUUAGUGUUGUAUUUUUUUUUAAUUUAUUAUCGGUAGGUUUUAAAUGGAUUCCUUUCAGUUGAUUUUACGUAUAAGAUGGCAGUUCGCAGUUCAAAUUUUUGUUGGAAAUCGAUGCGUCAUUUGUCAUUUGACUUUGAAGGCUCUUAAGAAGCACUAAUUAAGUGUUUCGUGUAUUUUAUUGCUAAAUUGGCUGUACUUCUGUCUGUGAUCUUUGCACUAACCUUUGUUUUGUUUGUCGAAAUUGUGAUAGUUUGUUAUAUUUGAGGAAAAUGUUAUACGAAAACUUGCGUGAAUUAGUAUUUCUUAUAACUCGAUCAAAGUUUGUUUAUCGAAAGAAAAUAUUUUUGUGUAUUGCGCUUUUAUUUCAGAAAGUAGAUGAAAAAUCUGUUAUUUCUCAUUAAUAAUCGUAAAUUGUGUACAGUAAAUACUAAUUUCAACGGUACUGAAUGAUGCAUUCUUAUACUCUUAACUUUUUUGUUACAUUCAAUAAAAAAAUUUCAUUAUGUGCUCCUGAAAGC